AGCAUCCCAAAACCUAACCAACUAAGUUAGCCGAUUUCUACUACUAUACUAGUAAGCAGUUUUUGGUUAAGAAAGUGAAAAGAAAAAAAUAAUGCUUUUUAUUGCAGCCGGAGAUUUGAACAUGGAACCUUACGGUGUGUUUGGAUUGAAGGAAAAGGAUGGAAAGGAAGGGAAGGGAAAUGGAGAGAUGUGAUAUCUUUCAUUUGGAUAACAAAUGAAGAAGGAAGGGAAUUGGAAGGGAGAAAAAUGGAGGAAUUAAAUUGUAGGAAAAUGAUCCCUACAACAAUGGAGAUAUUUAGAAAGAAAACUCACCAUUCUUCCCUCCCCUCCUCUUCCUAAUAUUAUUUUUACAAAAAGAAAUUUACUUGAACAUUUAUGCACACCUAAUAUAGAAGCAAACAAAUAAAAAUUUCUUAAAACAUUGCUUGAAUUCAUCCACAAUGAAUGAAAAUCAAACAAAAUUCAUUCUCAAAAACGAUGAAGAAAAAAUUCAAGAGGUGCAAAAUAACCUUCCAAAAUCUCCUUUCAUGGGUAGUGAACUUGUUCAACUAGCAAAAUAUCAAAACUUUUGGUAUGGUGAUAUGUAUAUCCAAAACAUACUCAAGUUACAAAGAAACUUUGUUGCUCAAGACACCGAUCUUAUAAUUGGUAGUCUCAUGAAAACCGGCACCACUUGGUUAAAAGCUUUACUUUUUGCUAUUGUCAAACGUAUUCACCACGCCGUUACUCAAAGCCCUUUGCUUAGCCAUCACCCACAUGAACAUGUACAUAGCCUCGAGCCACUCUAUGGUGAGCAUCCUUCACAUAACCCUAAUGAUAUCCCUUUGCCAAGGCUUUUUAGCACUCAUUUGUCCUACACAUCCCUUCCUGAAUCCAUCAAGAAUUCAAAAUGUCGGAUUUUGUACAUUUGUCGAAAUCCCUUGGACAUGCUUGUGUCACUAUAUUUUUUCUCUAUUAACUUCAUGAAGAAGCAAGUAGAAGAUUUCAAACCUCCUUCUAUGGAGGAAUUCUUUGAAGAUUUUCAUGAUGGGAGACAUCCAUGUGGCCCUUUCUUCGAACAUGUUGUUGAAUUUUGGAAGACGAGCUUAGAGCGACCAGAAAAAGUGUUAUUCCUUAAGUACGAGGAUUUGAAAGACGAUCCAACUUUUCAUUUGAAAAGGUUGGCUAAAUUCAUAGGUGUACCGUUUUCACCACAAGAGGAGAGUGAAGGUGUUAUAACACAAAUAAUUGAGCUUUGUAGCAUCAAGACUAUGAAGGAAUUGGAGGUUAAUAAGAGCGACGACAAGGCAAUAGACAAGUUCUUCGAUAAGAAGACCUACUUUAGGAAGGGAGAGGUCGGAGAUUGGAUUAAUCAUUUCACUCCUACUAUGGUUGAAAGGAUGAAAAACUUGAUGGAAGAAAAACUCAAGGGCACUGGGUUAUCUUUUACGUUACUUCCUCAAUAACGUUGAUUACUUGCAAAUCAUCCAUGCCAUAUAUCGGGUUAUAUAAAAUUUUGGUUCCCUCUAGGGUUUCUCCUUGGGACGGUUUUCUGGUUCCCUCUAGGGUUUCUCUCUUGGGAGAGUUUUUCUAGCCUCCAUUGCUAAUUUUUUUUGCUUUUUUGAAGGUUUUCUUUCAUUCUUCUCCUUUUCUUUCUUUCUCCUUCAUCUCUUUUCUUCUGAUCUCUUUUGUGAAUUUUUGCAAUGGCUUUUAUCGGUUUUUUUUACCAGUGGUAAGGCCCAAAAAAACUUUUUAAUUAUUUUCAAUAAAUGGAUCCCAUCUUUGAGGCUGUGGUUAUUCUAUUAGGGUUAAUUCCUUUUUAUGUUUGUCUGUCGAAGAUUGAAGAUUUAUGGUUUCCUAAUCUUCGGAAGUAUCUAGAAGACCAUAUAAGUAUUUUCACUCAAUAACUAUUCGUCGGCUGAGUUAGUUAACUCACAGAUUGUAUUGCUUUAGAUGAAGUUUUUUAUUAAGGCGAUCGUCGAUCGAAUCUGCGAUGUAACUAGUUCUAAGGUGAUUUGUACUUGCGUUGGAAUUCUAAUUUUUCUCGGAAUUGUUUGUAAGUGUCGUUUGACUA